AUGCGUUUCACCACCGCCGUCGCGCUCGCCGCAGCAGCUGCCCCCGUUGCAGUCUCUGCCAAAGGCCGAUUGGGAUACGCGAUCGGUGUACGCAAUAAGGACUCUUCUUGCAAAGGCUAUGAUGAAUUCAAGGCGGACUUCGCAGCCCUGAAUGAGCUGAAGAAAACGAACCAAAUUGCCCCAGAAGUCGUCCGAACCUAUUCGACCAUCGAUCAUGGUGCCGAUGAUGUUGGGGGAGCACCUUGCACUGUCCCUCUCCCUAUCUUGCAGGCAGCCAAGGAAGCUGGCAUCAAGGUCAUUCUUGGCCUAUGGGGUGACAGCGACGACUCAUUUAACAAGGAAACCAAGGCAAUCACUGACGUCCUCGACAAUGAUAAAGACGGAUCCCUUGCCAGCACCAUCUAUGCUUUUACUGUCGGGUCUGAGGGUCUCUACCGAAACGAGCAAAAGGCGGGGACUGGUUACGAAGCCAAGGACAUCCUUAGAAGAAUCAACGCUUUCAAGGACACUAUCACAGCCCCGAAAUAUAAGCUGAAGCAAAAAGUUGGCACAGCAGACAGCUGGAACAAAUUCCAAGACGGCACCGCUGAUGAUUUGAUCACUGGUGGUGUGAAUCUCCUGCUUGUUAACGCUUUCGGCUACUGGCAAUCCCAAGAUAUCAGCAACGCAAGUGCGACAUACCUCGACGACCUUCAACAAGCCUAUGGGCAUAUCCAAUCUGUUGCUGGCUCCACGGAUUCAAUUGAAUUGUGGAAUGGCGAGACUGGCUGGCCCACAGAUGGUGGUACCAAUUACCAUGACGACAAAUAUUCAGGAACGGCUGUCGCUGGUACUGUCAAUGCCCAAAAAUUCUACAAAGAGGGUGUCUGCGCUGCUCUGGACUGGAACUUUGAUGUGUUCUAUUUCGAGGCAUUCGGUGAGCCAUGGAAGCCAAAUUCCAAUGGCCUCAAUGGCCAACCAGGUGACGAGAAGCACUGGGGAGCGUUCGAUGCAGACCGAGUACAGAUCGUCAAGGACCUCAGCUGCAGCUAUCCGUAA